AGUCCCUAUUGAUUGGGUCCUGUUCUGAAAUCUGUUCGCGUACACGUGCGGUUCUGUGGUCAACAUGGCAGAUUUACAAAUGAAGCUACUUCGUAAGAAAAUACAGAAAAGGAAUGAAAAAAACAAAGAGCGUAAGCUACUUAGGAAGCAUACGGAGGAUAACGAGUCUCUGAAGUCACACGGAGUGGACAAGAAAUGCUCUCAAGAAGCUUACAAAACUGAAAAAAAACUCUUCCAGGGAGAACAGAAGCAAAACGAUGAACCAGUUGCUAUUCAAGCAGGUGAAGGUGUAAAUUCUGGAAAGCAAAAGAAAAAAAAGAAAAGAAAGAUGCCUCUCACGGAGGAAUCCACAGCUGAGAAAAAGCCCAAAACCCAACACAAACUAAAUGGGGAGAAUGAUGGCAUUGAGAUGGCAGAAGAGGAGGAGGAAACAGUCAAACAGGAGAAGCUGGAGGAGGAUAUUGAGGAGGAGAAUCAGCCAGAGCUACCCUCUGGCUUGACAGGAGCAUUUGAGGACACGUCUUUUGCUUCUCUUGCUGAACUGGUGAGUGAAAACACAUUGAAAGGGGUGAAGGAGAUGGGAUUUGAACACAUGACUGAGAUCCAGCACAAAGGCAUUCGUCCUCUGCUGGAAGGAAGAGAUGUGCUGGCUGCUGCCAAGACAGGGAGUGGUAAAACCCUGGCCUUCCUAAUCCCUUCCGUAGAACUCAUCUACAAACUCAAGUUUAUGCCCAGAAAUGGGACUGGUGUAGUGAUUCUUUCUCCGACACGUGAAUUAGCAAUGCAGACAUAUGGUGUGUUGAAAGAACUGAUGACGCACCAUGUGCACACCUAUGGCUUGAUCAUGGGAGGCAGCAAUCGAUCAGCAGAGGCCCAAAAACUAGCCAAUGGUGUCAACAUCCUGGUGGCGACACCAGGCCGUCUGCUGGACCACCUCCAGAACACACCAGGCUUCAUGUUCAAAAACCUGCAAUGUUUGAUUAUUGAUGAAGCUGAUCGUAUCUUGGAGGUGGGCUUCGAGGAGGAACUGAAGCAGAUCAUAAAGCUUCUGCCCAAGAGGAGACAAACCAUGCUGUUUUCAGCUACACAGACUCGUAAGGUGGAGGACCUGGCUCGCAUUUCUCUGAAGAAAGAGCCUCUCUAUAUUGGGGUGGAUGACAACAAGGACAAUGCCACUGUUGAUGGUUUGGAGCAGGGCUAUGUAGUAUGUCCAUCAGAAAAGCGCUUCCUGUUGCUCUUCACCUUUCUGAAGAAAAACCGGAAGAAGAAGCUCAUGGUCUUCUUCUCUUCCUGCAUGUCUGUCAAAUUCCACUAUGAGCUUCUCAACUACAUCGACCUCCCAGUUAUGGCCAUCCAUGGUAAGCAGAAGCAGACCAAGCGUACCACCACCUUCUUCCAGUUCUGCAACGCAGACUCGGGCAUUCUACUCUGUACUGACGUGGCAGCUCGGGGCCUAGACAUUCCAGAGGUGGAUUGGAUCGUCCAGUAUGACCCCCCGGAUGAUCCAAAGGAAUACAUCCACAGAGUGGGCAGAACGGCUCGAGGUAUCAACGGCAGAGGCCACGCACUCCUGAUCCUUCGACCGGAGGAAGUUGGAUUCCUGCGCUUCCUCAAGCAGGCCAAGGUCCCCCUGAGUGAGUUUGAAUUUUCCUGGAGUAAAAUCUCAGAUAUCCAGUCCCAGUUGGAAAAACUGAUUGAGAAGAACUACUACCUCCACAAGUCAGCGCAAGAGGCCUAUAAGUCUUACGUGAGGGCUUACGACUCGCAUUCGCUCAAACAGAUCUACAGCGUCAACACACUUAACCUCCUCAUGGUGGCAUUGUCUUUUGGAUUCAAAGUCCCACCCUAUGUUGAUCUCAAUGUCCAUGGCAGUAAAGGUGCAAAGCUGCAAAAGCGAGGCGGCGGUGGUGGUGGUGGUGGGUUUGGAUACCAGAAAUCCAAGAAUCUUCACAAGUCUAAAAUCUUUAAGCAUGUCAACAAAGGACGGAGUGACAAAAGGCAGUUCUCUCGUUAAUUGGAUGAGGAGACUCGAUGAACUGAUUCUUUGUCAGCAUUUUAUGGAAAAAAAAUAGCCUUUGGUGUCCUGCUCACUUAUGUUAUAUGGACAGUUAUCUAGCUCCUGUUUUCUCCUAUGAUCUUUGUGACUAUACUUUCCUGGAUGUUCUUUUCUAUAGAUUCACAGAAUUCUUUUUGUAUGGCUGCAUACAUUUACUCAUAAAACUGAAGCAUAUGCACUAGUUUUAAAUACAAUGUAUAUACUUUAGUUUUGUGGGUAUGUAUAAAAUGGCAAGUGACAUUUGAA